CUGUUUUUCUCCGGUUUCUUCUCUCGCAUUUCAUUUCCUUUGGUUUGUUACUGUACAACGUGUGACUUUGAAGUAUCAGAUGAGCGUCUGUUUUCGAAAUUUUGGCGAGGAACUCUGUUUCAGGCGGCAGUGGCUGCUUCUUCCGGUCAGGACAUCGCGAAAAAACGACCGCCGCAGAGAAAACCUUUGCGACAGUCCAACGUUGUGGAGAGAUCGGAGCGCUCGUUGUUGUGUCUUUCGUUGAAUAAUCCACUCAGGAAAAUAUGUAUUGCGAUAGUGGAGUGGAGGCCAUUUGAGUAUCUUAUAUUAAUGAUGAUAUGUGCCAAUUGUAUAGCAUUAGCCGUCUAUCAGCCAUAUCCUGCUCAGGAUUCAGACUCAAAAAAUACUAUAUUAGAGCAAAUCGAAUAUUUAUUUAUUGUUGUGUUUACAAUCGAGUGCAUCUUGAAAGUGGUUGCCCUCGGUUUCAUAUGUCAUCAGGGCGCCUAUCUGCGGAAUGCGUGGAACAUUCUUGACUUCAUUAUCGUUGUUAUUGGGUUGGUAAGUACGAUCUUAUCCCGAAUGAACAUCCAGGGAUUUGACGUGAAGGCACUGAGAGCGUUCCGUGUCCUGCGACCACUACGACUAGUGUCCGGCGUGCCCAGUUUACAAGUGGUCUUAAAUGCCAUCCUCCGAGCUAUGAUACCUCUACUGCAUAUUGCCUUGUUAGUGCUUUUCGUGAUUCUUAUCUACGCCAUCAUCGGGUUGGAGCUGUUCUGCGGAAAGCUUCACUCCACUUGUGUGGAUCCGGCAACUGGACAAUUAGCGCAGAAGGAUCCGACUCCAUGUGGUACAGUCGGCUCAGCUUUCCAGUGCGUCCCCUCAGACGCUCUUACAAAUAUGGGUGUACAAUGGGAGUGCUCAGCGAACACCUCAUGGCCUGGACCCAACAACGGAAUCACGAAUUUUGAUAAUUUUGGGUUGGCUAUGCUCACGGUGUUUCAAUGUGUAUCACUGGAGGGUUGGACAGACGUCAUGUACUGGGUAAAUGACGCUGUCGGUCGCGAAUGGCCAUGGAUCUACUUUGUGACCUUGGUGAUCCUUGGAUCAUUUUUCGUGCUAAACCUCGUUUUGGGUGUACUAUCUGGAGAGUUCUCCAAAGAACGAGAAAAAGCAAGAGCGCGCGGUCUCUUCCAGAAGUUUCGAGAAAAACAGCAGCUUGAAGAGGAUCUAAAAGGUUACUUGGAUUGGAUAACACAAGCCGAAGAUAUCGAUCCUGUCAACGACGAACAAGAGGAGGAACCAACGGCAACAGCCACUGGUGAAGAAGUCGACGAAGAAGGCGAAGAACGGGCCGAGGAGACUCGGCCGUCGAAGUGGCGAGCUCGGAUGAAGAGGUUUGAGAAAACUAAUCGUCGAUGUCGUCGGGCAUGUCGUCGUCUUGUCAAGAGCCAAACAUUCUACUGGCUUGUUAUCCUACUUGUGUUGCUCAACACCUUAGUUCUUACCUCAGAACAUUACGGACAAAGUGAAUGGCUCGAUGACUUCCAAACCAUGGCAAACUUAUUCUUUGUCAUUCUGUUCUCGAUGGAGAUGUUGUUGAAAAUGUACUCUCUUGGCUUCACGACCUACACAACCUCACAAUUCAAUCGUUUCGAUUGUUUCGUUGUAAUUAGCUCCAUCAUCGAGUUCGUGUUGUUAUAUCUUCGUCUGAUGAAACCUCUUGGUGUGUCAGUGCUUCGUUCUGCAAGGCUUUUAAGAAUCUUCAAAGUCACAAAGUACUGGACAUCUUUGCGGAAUCUCGUUUCGUCACUGCUAAAUUCACUUCGAUCUAUAAUGUCUCUGUUACUGCUUCUGUUCCUGUUCAUCGUCAUCUUCGCCUUGUUAGGAAUGCAAGUGUUCGGUGGAAAGUUCAACUUCAACCCCCAACAGCCAAAACCAAGAGCAAAUUUCGAUACAUUCAUCCAGGCGCUACUUACGGUCUUUCAAAUCUUGACUGGUGAGGAUUGGAACACAGUGAUGUAUAAUGGUAUCGAAUCAUUUGGUGGAGUGGGAACUCUUGGUGUCAUUGUUUCGAUAUAUUAUAUUGUUCUUUUCAUUUGCGGUAACUACAUUCUGUUGAAUGUCUUUUUGGCUAUCGCCGUUGACAACCUAGCAGAUGCUGACAGUUUGACAAACGCUGAAAAGGAAGAGGAACAGCAAGAGCUAGAAGGCGAUGAGGAGUACGAUGAGGAAGAUGAAGGAUUCGACGAUGGCGAUGAAAGGAUGGACAUGGAAGAGCAAGAGGCCGGCGAAGAAAUAGUAACAGCCCGUCCAAGGCGAAUGAGCGAACUGCCAACGGUCACACCACACAAACCAAUCCCAAAAGCGUCAUCAUUGUUCAUACUCAGCCAUACGAAUCCGUUUAGGGUGUUUUGCAAUAGAAUUGUGAAUCAUUCCUACUUCACGAACAGCGUUCUAGUCUGCAUUCUCGUAUCAUCAGCAAUGUUAGCUGCAGAAGAUCCCCUUGAAGCAAAUUCCAGUCGAAACACAGUCCUCAACUACUUUGAUUACUUCUUCACCACAGUUUUUACUAUUGAAAUUACUUUAAAGGUGGUUGUCUUUGGACUAGUGUUUCAUAAGGGAUCAUUUUGUCGCAAUGCCUUCAACCUACUCGACAUUCUAGUCGUUGCUGUCUCUUUAGUUUCAUUCGUUUUGAAGUCUGAUGCUAUUUCCGUCGUGAAGAUUUUGCGUGUGCUGCGUGUACUUCGUCCACUUCGUGCCAUCAAUCGUGCGAAAGGUCUAAAACACGUCGUGCAAUGUGUGAUCGUUGCCGUGAAGACAAUCGGAAACAUUAUGCUUGUUACAUUUAUGUUACAGUUUAUGUUUGCAAUCAUCGGUGUACAGCUGUUCAAAGGAACGUUUUUUUCAUGUAAUGACUUAUCUAAAGUAACAGAAGCGGAAUGCAGAGGUGAAUACAUUCACUAUGAGGAUGGUGAUCCCACUAAGCCAGUGUCGAAGAAACGGGUUUGGUCUAACAACGAUUUCAACUUCGAUAACGUUGGUGAUGCCAUGGUGUCGCUAUUCGUCGUCUCCACAUUUGAAGGAUGGCCUGACUUGCUGUAUGUUGCGAUCAACUCGAACGAAGAAGACCAUGGUCCUAUACACAACAGUCGCCAAGCCGUUGCUUUGUUCUUCAUAGCGUUCAUUAUCGUUAUAGCUUUCUUCAUGAUGAACAUCUUCGUCGGUUUCGUCAUUGUCACCUUCCAGAACGAAGGAGAACGUGAAUAUGAAAAUUGCGAGUUGGACAAGAAUCAGAGAAAAUGCAUCGAGUUCGCUUUGAAGGCUAAACCCCAUCGCCGUUAUAUACCAAGAAAUCGCUUUCAAUAUCGUGUAUGGUGGUUUGUCACAUCACGGGCGUUUGAGUAUGUGAUUUUUCUGAUCAUCGUGCUCAAUACGGUGUCGUUGGCCUGUAAGCACUAUCCCUCAGGACAUAAAUUUGAGUACGUGCUCGACGUACUCAAUCUGGUUUUCACAGGAGUUUUCGCUUUCGAGGCGUUUUUUAAAAUCAUUGCACUGAAUCCGAAAAACUACUUCGGUGAUCGCUGGAAUGCGUUCGAUUUCAUCAUCGUGCUUGGAUCGUUCAUCGACAUCAUCUACGGUAAACUCAAUCCUGGUGGCUCGAAUCUAAUCUCGAUCAAUUUCUUUCGUCUCUUUCGUGUGAUGCGUCUCGUGAAGCUGUUGUCACGAGGCGAGGGAAUACGGACGUUAUUGUGGACGUUUAUGAAAUCGUUCCAAGCCCUGCCAUAUGUGGCGUUGCUCAUUGUACUUUUGUUUUUCAUCUAUGCUGUCAUCGGAAUGCAGGUUUUCGGAAAAGUUGCAUUGGAUGAUGCUACGCAUAUUCAUCGCAAUAACAACUUCCACUCUUUCUUCGCUGCUGUUCUAGUGCUUUUCAGAUCCGCAACAGGUGAGGCGUGGCAAGAGGUGAUGUUGUCGUGUUCCGAUCGUGAGGAUGUUCGUUGUGAUCCGCUGUCUGACGAUUACAAACGUGACCGCGAGGCUCGAUGUGGUGUCAACUUUGCCUAUCCAUACUUCAUCUCUUUUUUCAUGCUGUGUUCUUUUUUGGUAAUAAAUUUGUUUGUGGCUGUCAUUAUGGAUAAUUUCGACUAUUUGACUCGUGACUGGUCGAUACUCGGGCCACAUCAUCUGGAAGAGUUCGUACGUUUGUGGUCUGAAUAUGAUCCAGAUGCAAAAGGAAGAAUUAAGCAUCUCGAUGUUGUGACACUUCUUCGAAAGAUAUCACCUCCACUUGGAUUCGGGAAAUUAUGUCCACAUAGGCUGGCUUGUAAGCGACUCGUUUCCAUGAACAUGCCGCUGAACUCCGAUGGUACUGUGUGUUUCAACGCGACUUUGUUUGCCCUUGUUCGUACCAACCUCAAAAUUUAUACUGAAGGCAAUAUCGACGAUGCAAAUGAACAAUUACGGUCGGCGAUCAAGCGUAUCUGGAAGAGAACUCCGGUGAAGAUGCUGGACGAAGUGGUACCACCAGCUGGAAAAGAGGACGAUGUGACUGUUGGCAAAUUUUACGCAACAUUCCUCAUCCAGGACUAUUUUCGUCGUUUCAAGAAACGUAAAGAACUCGAAGCUAAAGGCAUCAUGCCAACUCAUGCUCAACAAGCGAUGGCAUUGCAGGCUGGUCUUCGUACCUUGCACGAGAUAGGACCAGAGCUCAAACGAGCUAUUUCUGGUAAUCUUGAGACUGAUUUCAACUUCGAGGAUCCAGAACCACAACAUCGGCGUACUCACUCACUUUUCAAUAACAUUGUGAAUCGAAUCUCUGGAACUCGUUCACCUCCUGAUCAAGGAAAUAGAGGUGAGAGAGCUAAACUGUACACGAAUCACAUACAGGAUGAAACCGCUAAUACAACAAUUGAUGGAAGGCCACUUGGACUAGACGGCAAUAACCGUUUGCUGAUGGCCAACCGAAGUAAUCCGAUGGAUCCUAACGAUGAAGAACAAUGGUCCGGUAAUCGCCAUCGUUAUCGGGAUCGUCGUACUCUACCACCACUUCGCGAACCGCUAAUCAUGGCUCGGAGUCAGGCAUUGGUUCUUGCCGGUAUGCCUCCGGAAGCUUAUGAAGGGACAUAUCGUCCUGUUCCUGAAGGUAAAUCGCUUAAUUUACCAUAUUCGUCGAGGGUACUGCUCACACCUGAUGAUUCUCGACCUGCAGAUCGACUUGUUGGACAAGCGCUUGGACUUGGCAGAUAUAUGGACCGCCGUGUUGUCGGCGCUGCACGUCGUGAAAUCGGAGAGGCGUUCGCGCUCAACGACCGCGAGAUGGACAUCGCAGCAGGCACGUUAGCGCCACAGUUCAUGCAACACGUCGGUAUGAACGAGAUCCGCGACUACAACGAGUACUCCCGAUCAGGACUGCUCCGACCGGCCACGCAGCCAUCGCAGGAGAGCGCUGGAUCACAAGAGGACAUGCUUCUGGUGACUACGCUCUAA